AAAAACAGACUCACAGUUCUCACACUGCUGUGUACAGACCCGCAACACCACAGACCUACAACACCACAGACCUACAACACCACAGACCCACAACACCACAGACCCACAACACCACAGACCCACAACACCACAGACCCACAACACCACAGACCUACAACACCACAGACCCACAACACCACAGACCCGCAACACCACAGACCCGCAACACCACAGACCUGCAACACCACAGACCUGCAACACCACAGACCCGCAACACUGCUGCUCCUUCAUUUCCUUUUUUCUCUAAUCUCUUGAGACCCCUGCCCUCUCCCAGUGACGGGUGUCUCCCCCUGGUGUCGGGUGUCGCUCAGUGUCAUGGAGAGUCUGGAGAAGCAGCUCAUCUGUCCCAUCUGUCUGGAGACGUUCACCAAGCCGGUGGUCAUCCUGCCCUGCCAACACAACCUCUGUCGCAAGUGUGCCAAUGACGUCUUCCAGGCGUCCAAUCCCUACCUGUCGACGAGGAGCGGCUCGACAGUGACAUCAGGAGGUCGUUUCCGCUGCCCGUCCUGUCGCCAUGAGGUGGUCCUGGACCGACACGGUGUUUAUGGACUGCAGAGGAACCUGCUGGUGGAGAACAUCAUCGACAUGUACAAACAGGACAGCAGCAGUAAACCGUCCUCUGUGGUGAAGGUCGAUCAGCCGAUGUGUGUUGAUCACGAGGAUGAAAGAAUCAACAUUUACUGUGUGAGCUGCAGCGCCCCCACCUGUUCACUGUGUAAAGUGUUCGGAGCGCACAAAGAGUGUGAGGUGGCUCCACUUGACACCGUCUUCACUGCACAAAAGGCGGAGUUGACUGACUGUAUCUCCAUGCUCGUUGGGAAUAACGAGAGGAUUCAGGCGAUCAUCGGUCACCUGGAGGAAACCUGUGGAGCUGUUUAUGAGAACGGCAGCAGACAGAAGUCGAAGUUGUGCGAAACAUUUGAUCACCUGUUCGCUCUCCUGGAGGAGAAGAAAGGUGAGAUGACUCUGAGGAUCAGCUCUGAACAGGAAGAUAGAGUCGACAACAUCCGAGGUCUGAGGAGGAAGUACAGCGAGCACAUGGACGCUGCCGCGCAGCUGCUGGAGAACGCCAUCCAGACGCUGGACGAGUCUGAGAUGGUCGUGUUCCUGCAGACGUCCAAACCUCUGCUGCAGAAGAUCGUGGAGGGAACCAACACGUCUCACCUGGAUAAACUCCAACACGGAUACGACAACAUGGAACACUUCACUGCUAACUUUAAACUUCAGAGACAAGCACUGAGCGGCAUUGCCUUCAUCCGAGCUGAUGAGGACGAUGAAGAUGAUGAGAUCAGAGUGACGUCACCAGGGAGUCGAGCUGAGUUGCAGCCACCUGCAGCACCAGCAGCACCAGCAGCACCUGCAGCACCUGCACCAGCAGCACCAGCAGCACCAGCAGCACCUGCAGCACCAGCAGCACCUGCAGCACCUGCAGCACCAGCAGCACCUGCAGCACCAGCAGCACCAGCAGCACCUGCGCACCAGCAGCACCAGCAGCCAACCAGCAGCCUCCUCUUUCACCUGCACAGCUCUCAGCCCCCACCCCUCAGAGACCCUCAGAGACCACACCCACGAUCACGUCACAUACAAGAAACCCCACCCCUUCGUCUUCCAGUCAGACCACGCCCCAUCUACCCCCGCCCACUGCCAGCCCCACCCCCAAGGUUGAGUCUGAUCAGAACGAGUUGAACGACAGCGACGGCCAGAGACACGUGUUCUCCUUCAGCUGGCUCAACCAGAAGUAAAACACAUCAGCGACGCAUCACGUGUUCACAUCAUGUCUCUGAUGAUGUCACAUGUUUUCAACGGACAUAAACUGUUAAAUUUCUUCUGUCAAAUAAAAGAUUUUCCCAGA